CGGAACAGGAAACCUCUCAGUGGGGCGCAGGCGUGCGGCUACCCUUGGACGCCCGCCCUGGGGGGCUGGCAGGUGUGCGGUGGGGGCGCCUGGCAAGUGAUGGGACCCUGCGCCAGCGCCCCGGGAUAGCGCGGGUGAGGCGACAGAGCCCCGCCCGGGCAGCCAUGGGGCUCCUUCGGCUCCUGGUCCUCGCGGUGCUGGCGUCCGAACCCGGCGUGGCCGGAGGAGCCGAGACCGUCGGGAAUUCCAGCGAGGGUCUUCUUGAAUUUUCCGUAGGGAAGUUUAGAUACUUCAUGCUCAACAGACCCUCCCCAGAGGAUGCCAUUUUGCGUCAUAUUUCCAGCAAUGCAUCUUUCCUUAUUUUCCAGAUACACUCACAGUAUCAGAAUACAACAAUUUCUUUUACUAAGACUCUCCUUCACAAUACCUCAGGAACAGGGACUGACAAAGGACUGGUUUUCAUUCUUAGACCAGAGCAGAGUAUGUGCACUUGGCACUUGGAGACUUUAGACGCUGAGCCUGUCCAAAACAUGGCCAUCCCACUCUCCUAUUCAGAAAGAGAUCCUGUCCCUGGAGGCUGUAAUUUGGAGUUUGAUUUAGAUAUUGAUCCCAACAUUUACUUGGAAUAUAAUUUCUUUGAAACAACUAUUAAAUUUGCCCCAGCAAACCUAGGCUAUGCAAGAGGCACAAAUCCUCUGCCGUGUGACAUUGGGACGGGCCGGGACUCUAGGUGGAGGUUGCUGUAUGAUGUCUAUCAGUAUUUUCUGCCCGAGAAUGACCUCAGCCAGGAGGGUUUGCUAAAGCAUCUGCAGAGGAUGGCAGAGGUGCCUCAGGUGAAGGCCAAUGCAAUCAAGGUGGUUACCCUAACAGCUAAUGAUAAGCCAAGUGUUUCCUUUUCCUCUCUCCGAGGACAAGGUGUCAUUUAUAAUGUCAUUGUUCGGGAUCCACUUCUCAAUACAUCUGCCGCGUAUGUUCCUGUUCACACGUACGCUUGCCACUUUGAGGCCAAGGAGGGUAAUUGUUCUUCCCUUGGAAGAGUAUCAACCAAAGUGUUCUUCACCCUUUUUGCCCUGCUUGGUCUCUUCAUUUGUUUUUUUGGACACAGAUUCUGGAAAACAGAAUUAUUUUUCAUAGGCUUUAUCUUCACGGGUUUCUUCUUCUACAUACCAGUUACAAGACUGACACUUCUUACGUAUGAUGUUCGUCUGAUUUUGACAGCCGUCGCUGGAGGCGUUGGUGGGAUUCUCCUGGUAGCUGCUUGGUGGCGAUUUGGAAUCCUCCUGAUUUGCAUGCUGUGUGUUGGAUUAGAGCUGGGCUUCCUCAUCUCCUCAGUGACGUUCUUUACUCUGCUGGGAAACCUGAAGAUUUUUCAAGACGAUGGUGUGUUCUGGGUGACCUUCUCUUGUAUAGCUGUUGUCAUUCCAGUAGUUUUCAUGGGCUGCCUAAGAAUACUGAACAUACUGACUUGUGGAUUUGUUGGCUCCUACUCAGUGGUCUUGGCCUUUGACAGUUACUUGUACACAAGCCUUUCUUACAUCACUUUGAAUAUACUCAAGAGAGCACUCCACGAGGAUUUCCACAGAGCUUUCACAAAUGUGCCUUUUCAAACUAAUGACUUUAUUAUCCUGGCAGUAUGGGGGAUGCUUGCCGUAAGUGGAGUGACGUUACAGAUGCGAAGAGAAAGAGGGCAGCCAUUUUUUCCUGCCCACCCGUACAAGUUAUGGAAGCGAGAGAGGGAGCGCAGAGUAACGAACGUUCUGGACCCUAGCUACCACAUCCCUCCAUUGAGAGAGAGGCUCUACUGCCGACUAACCCAGAUCAAAGAACUCUUCCGGAAGGAACAGCCAGCUGGAGAGAGAACACCCCUGCUUCUGUAGAUGCCAAAAGACUUGGUCAGUGUGAUCUUGAAGUACAAGUCAAGCGUUGCCCCAGCUUUGGUGUGUAUGCCCAGCCUGCUUCAGCCAUCUCCAGUGCAAAUCUGAGAAGAAAGUAGGCUUUUGUAUCUAUCUGUGCUUUGUACUAUAUUGUGGUGUCCUUACUGAUAUAUUAUCAAAAGGUACCCUUCUUUCGUUUAUUUUUAAUUGUGGUAAAAUUACACAUUUACUGUAUCAAUCAUAAAGUGUGUAGUUCAGUAGGCACUUUGUUUUUGCCUCUUACUGCUUAAAAUGCUAAUUUAAAUAUUAAAUUAUGUCAGUUAUUUGAAAACAGGUCAACUUAUAUAGAUAAUAAAACUUUGAUAUGGA